AUGCUGGCUUCAUCGUCAUCCUCACCGUUGCGUACACUGGGCUUGCACGAGCGCUACGCUGUUGCGCGUCGAUGCGUCGACUCGGCCUCGGUAGUCAGUGUCGCAGCCAUCUUGCAACUUGACUCGGUUGAGCAACCGCAAUGCGACACAAACCAAGCAUUCGAGGCUCUACGAAGCCAUUUGGCAUCUCGAAUCGACCAAGUGCUGACGCAAUACCCUCUACUCGGAUACUGCGUUCAAGCGCCACGUUCGAAAUCGCCUCGGUGGGCACCGAUCGUUCCGACGCCCACAUCUAACGAUAUCUUGCACGUCGCUCCACCGAUCUGCACGCAGCAAGCCAGCCAUGUCACGACCACCGUGCUGUCAAAAGCGAUCCUGGACGCGCAACUGGCGCUCCCCAAAUCAACAUGCUUGCACAAAGAUGCUCUGUGGAAGGUGCAAGUAUCAUGGAUUCAAGACGAGCAGAAAAAGGGCCGAUCGUGCCUCGUCGUGCUUUCCACCGAUCAUGUGAUCAACGACGGUCGUGGAACACUGAACCUCUUCCAAAUGCUGUUGCGCUCCGAUAGCCUUGUACAAAGCGAUUCAGCCACAACGCCGGACCGCACCGUCAUCCCACCGGCAUCGGAUAAAGUGUUCAACUUGCGCCCUUCGAUCACAUAUAUGCUGGGCGAGGCAUGGCGAGAGUUGAUCUUGCCCAAGUUGCCACUGCCUAGAAACGUGAAAGCCAGGCUCUGUCCUCCGGCUUCGUGGCCUAUGUCGGCUUGGACGUGCAAAGAUCGACGCCACUCGGUAGCUGGGGGUAACCAAAUCGUUGGCGCAUCUUGGCAGUGCAAACCUGAUCUUGACGUGAUCCUGGUCUCAUCACCAAAUCUCAUCAGCAAUAUCAAGAAGCUUUCGCGAACACACGUGGAUCCAACAGCUCGAAAACCGGCGACAAUGCAUUCCAUCAUCCACACACUUGCUCUGGUCGCACUGUUCGCGGCUGUGACACAGUCGCACGACUCAGACAACUCGGGCGACUCGGGAUUUCAGCUCGUGCUGGAAUCUGCUACACCCAUCUCGUUGCGCGAUCAAGCUGGACUGACGAAACGACGAAAAGGCAAGGCACACGUGCGGCUACCAGCGACAACUGGCAACUUUGUUUCAUCGUACACCGAAUCGUAUCGUCUCACAGGUCGAGAAAGCAUGUGGGCAUUUACGCAUCGGUUUGGCAGUGCGUUGGCGAGCGUCAAAGGACAACGACUGGCCAAGCAACACAUGGGACUGUUGGGCUACAUUCCUGAUUUCGACGAUUCGAUGGUCAAGCAUCCUAGUGAGAAGCGCGACGACGAUCAAGUGCUGCCAAGUGGAGCUGAGUGCGAUCGACGCUAUCUGAAUGGGUGGGAGAAGUUCUUUGGCGAACGCGCGAUGAGUUUGACGCCAUACAGCUCGGCGCUCACUGUGUCGAAUUUGGGGCUUGUGCAGGUAUCCAAUGUUUCGAUUGAUGCUGGUUCCGACUCGCGCUGGAGCGUCGAGGCGGCGACAUGGGCACAGUCACAUACGCCGCAAGGUGAGGCAUUCAACCUAGACGUGGUCGGAUUCCUCAACACGCACAAUUCACAGCGCACAGAAUGCCUCAGCAUCGCUCUAUCAACUCGCCCGGACGCAUUCGCCAACCGCUCCCUCUUUUCAACUUUCAAAUCCUACCUGCAACGCUUAGUCCUACUCUUCGGCGCCGAUCCGCUCCCCCCCAAUCAACCAAAGCCAGAGCUCCACAACAACACUUCACAACCCUCAUUGGACCUCACUUCGGACCUCACCUUUGCUUCCAUCGCACUCUGGCUCACUUCUUCCUAG